AUGCGCAGCACAUUCUUCCAGAGAGUGCCACGACGAAAGGAGGAGCCUGGAGGCUGGGGUGACAUCUGGCGACUCAACCCAGAAAUCAGAAUGCAGAUCAGGGGUGGUAGCCAGCGCAAGACAGUCCACGGCGCAACCACGAAGCAAGUGUGCGAGGGUGAUGAGGGCACAGCAGACUACCCGCACGGCACCAACAGACCAGCGGAGGAAACCAUACCUCCUUCCCAAAGUCCAACGGACGUACACUGGACACGUAGACACAAUUCGGCCUCAAGCUCAUCACCAUCCUCCGUCGGAUUGCAUACACCACCCUCCAGCCAACCCCUCGACUCCGCCAACUCUCCGGAGUUACCCAUUUCUCGACUUCUCGACUUUAUGACAGAGGAUGUGUCACUGCUAGAGAAUUCUAUCAAAGACUGUCGCUCAGGCUUUGAUCCCUUAGUACAAGCCCAAGCCAAGGGUCUGCAUGACCUAGACGAGAUGGACGUCUUGUUAUCUGAGGACGCAGAGCACGCGGCAAGCCUCUUCAAGAACUGUCCGAGUGGAUCCACCAGCCCAGACAGGACAGAGAGCCCGGCAAAACUGGACUUCACCGUAAAGGGCGUGGGCCUCAAGCGUUCCAUGGACUGGUGGCCGGAAGACUUGGCCAACACCGUUGAGGACUUCAUCCACAAUCUACCCAACCCAGACUUCUCCACUGAUAAGCCAGCUAACGGAAAACUCAAGGCCGACAGUGACCAUCCACCAAUGGCCAACUUCCCCGACCUCCCGAUCGACUACCCCAUGACAGAGACGUCGGACGAACAUCCCUGGGUCGAUGACAGGCUCAAUCUGGAAGAACUAAACAGUAUUCUUGGACUCAACUGA